UCUGCUCGUAAACAAGCAGUGACGUCGGUGAGAUGCGACACGAAGGACUGAAAAGCGGCGUAUCGGCUGGUUUAGUGUUUUCAGUCAUUCGUUCGUCGUGAAGACUGGUUUGCGUGACUAUUUUUUAAAACUGUGAUUUUACCUCUGCUUUGUCUUGUGUUGACAUACGAACAAAGUCGGUUCUCGAACGCUAGAAAGAUAAUGAAGGUUUGACUCUGUUGCUUUGCUAACGUUAGCAAAUACACAAUUAACUCCUUGAUUCGUUUGACAGUUUGUAUUUGGAAUAAAAUAUGACAACUCUUACAAGACAAGACCUUAAUUUUGGACAAGUGGUUGCUGACAUCCUCUGUGAAUUCCUUGAGGUCGCUAUUCAUCUUAUCCUGUAUGUCCGCGAAGUUUAUCCCUCUGGAAUAUUCCAGAAGAGAAAGAAAUACAACGUACCUGUGCAGAUGUCAUGCCACCCAGAGCUAAAUCAGUAUAUUCAAGACACACUACACUGUGUGAAGCCACUCAUUGAAAAGAAUGAUGCAGAGAAGGUGGUAGUUGUCAUCAUGGACAAAGAGCAUCAUCCAGUGGAGAGAUUUGUGUUUGAGAUUUCCCAACCUCCGCUACUGUCCAUCAGCUCAGACACUUUACUCUCACAUGUAGAGCAGCUGCUGAGGGCAUUCAUCCUGAAAAUCAGUGUGUGUGACGCUGUUUUAAAUAAUAACCCACCAGGGUGUUCCUUCACAGUACUUGUACAUACCAGAGAUUCUGCCACACGUAACAUGGAGAAAGUUCAAGUCAUCAAGGAUUUCCCAUGGAUAGUUGCUGAUGAGCAGGAAGUUCACAUGCAGGAGCCAAGACUCAUCCCACUGAAGACCAUGACAUCUGACAUCGUAAAAAUGCAGCUCUACGUUGAGGAGAGAGCCCAGAAAACAUAGGUGUUACAUCUGCAGCAACAGUGAACCAUGAACAGUGUCCAUAAUGUAGCCAGUCAACCGUCCGAGAGAAAGAUGAGUGUGUGCGUGUGUGUGCGUGUGUGAUGGGUGAGAGUGAGCUGUUGCUACUCAAACACAUUUUAUGAAAUGAACACAGUUGGGUUGGACUGUUACAUUUGUUGUCUAGCCAUUAUUUAAGCACAUAUUGCAUUUGAAUGUAGAGUUACUAAAUCAUCUAAAUGUCAACAAAACAUCCAGAGGAAGUAAACGUCCUGUGGAACCCACUUGUAUCAGUUAAACCCCGACUCAGUUGUGUUGCACACCUAUGGAAAAAUACUCAUACAGUAACUGUUUUUCUAAACGCCUUAAACCAUCUCGCUUUGUUUGAGGUGUGAUUCAUAAAUGACAACAUUGACACAAGUGUCAAAGCUGUGAUGUGUUAUGUUUACAUAGAGUUCCUGUGGAAAACAAGGAUCCCUGUGUGUUUUCAUGUAUACUUUUGCAAACAUCAUUAAUGUUUCCUCCAUUUUAGUCUGAUAUCAUGUAAAAACAUUAUUAAACUUUUAUAAAAAAAUGUCUUUAAAGCA